CUCACUUUGACUUUGACUUCACUUGACAGGAGUUUUCAAGUGCAAAAUGCAAAUUGAAAAUAAUGAUACUCAUUUGAGUAAAACCUUAUGUUGGAUACUUCGUCAUGGAGCUAUAAAAUUAGGACUCCCAAUACUAGUGGAUGGUUACAUACCAGUCUCCGUAAUCCUAAAACAUCCUUCUCUAAGGAAAUAUUCUACAACAGAUGUGGAAAGGGUGGUUGUUUCAAAUGAUAAACAAAGAUUUGGUUUAAGAAACAGUAAUGGUGUACUAGAAAUUUGUGCAAACCAAGGACAUUCCAUACCAGGUAAAAUUGCGAUUUUGACAAUGUUCCCCACAUGAAAGACAAAAUAAACCUCAUUUUUGUUUUCAGCACAAACAAAAACAGACAGUAUGACUAAAAUUGGCCAUUCACCUCUGUGGACAGUAUCUCGAGAAAAAUAAGCUUCAAUAUUCCACAGCAUAGACUAAGAUCUUUUGAACUUUUUCAUAUAAACUUUCAUGCUACCAAUUAUGCCUGCAAUAAUCCAUUUGAUAGAACCUUAAGAUUUUUAAAUAGUCACUGUGAUAUAGAUCCUUUUAAUUUAAGUUUAAAUCAAUUUAAAACCAUGAUUUAUAGUAAACUCUAGAAUUAUUUCUAAGUAUUGUAUUUUAGAGUGUAGUUAUAAGAUAAAUUAUAUUAAAAAUAUAAUGUUAUUAUAAUGCUGUAAUGAUGUGAUCCCAUCUAUUUAAUAAAAAAAAUAAGCGUUUUUUUGAGUGUGUGCCGCUCGUUUAUAUGUGUAGUGUAUGAUGGUGAUAUUAUGUGCUUCGCGUUUCCUUGUGCUCUAUUAUUGGUAUGUUUUUGUUGUUCACUUCUUUAAGUAUUGGCAACCAAAGUACGUUGCAUUCUACUGAUGGAUUCGCUACACAUUUUUCUUCAUUUAGUUGCAUGAGGGCUGCUUCUUUGACUUUUCUCUUUUUCAUGUCUGUUUCCUUCAUGACAAUUGAUGCAUCUAUCCACCGUGUGGGACAAUGAACACAGACCACGGUGGAUAGCCAUUUGAAGAAAUAUCAUGUAUACAAAAAUAAACUGGCUGCAUGUGGUUCAUCCCAGUAAUGUAUCAGCAUUAUCAUUAAAUCAAAUCAAUGUUGCCAAUUCUCAGAGUGCACUGUUUUCAGUAGCCUCUAGAGCUGCAUUCCCGGGAAAUUCCCAGAAUAAAUUUCCCGGGUAAUCAGUAAAAAAUUGGAAAUUCCGAUUCCCGGCAAUUCUUACAAAUUUCCCGGGAUUUUUUAAAAUAUUUUAUUGUAAAUUAUGAGCGGAGAUAUUACUAACUCACAAUGAAUGAAUGAUUCUGAUACAAUUAUUAUCUCUGUCUGCUUAAUAAUAAUUUUAAAUUAUUCCACUUAAAAUAUUUAUUUUUCAAUUAUAUUUUAAACCUUCCAAUUUUGGCGUAGAGGCAUUUGAGAUGUGGAUUUAUCGACGAAUCCCUUAAGUUGCCUGGACCUCACGAAUAACAAAUGAAGAAAUCCUGAGAAGAAUUGGUACAGAAUGACAACUGCUAUGCACAAUUAAACAGAGAAAAACGGCAUACCUGGGGCACCUAAUUAGAAACGAAAGAUACCAGUUUCUGCAAACCUUAAUUGAAGGAAAGAUCGAAGGAAGAAGGGGAGUGGACAGGAAGAAAAUGUCAUGGCUCCGUAAUGUCAAACAAUAGACAGGGCUAAGAAACAUAGGAGACCUAAUACAUAAGGGAUAGAGAAAAAUGGUCAAACGUGAUCGUGAACAUCCAUUAGUGGAUUGCAUAAGAAGAAGAAGAAUUUUGGCGUUAAAUCAGAAUGUAUCAUAUCCGUCAGCAUAAACAUUCUUUUGUUUAUGCAACGAUCUGAUUCAUUUGGAAGCAUCCAGGAUCCAGAAUUGUAACAUAAAUAUUUAUUUUGAAUUAAAAUUAUGUUUAUGAGGAAUUAGUACAUAAGAAAUUUAAUACGUUAUUAUAUUGGAGCAAAUCAGCUGACCGGACGUUUAAAAAAAUUACUCACUGCACUAAAAAGCAUCAGACCUACAUCAACAGAAAGUGUGUUUUCAAUUUCAGCAAAUUUCUGUACCUACAAAAAAAAAAGAGCCAGCCUGCUUACGAUAAAAACCUGGUCUGACUCUAAUUUACUCUCUUUUAACGUGGAUAAGACAGUAGCAUUAUCCUAUAAAAGUACUCUUCAACCCCUGCUUGUUAAUAACAGCCAGAUCUCUACCGUUGAUUCUGUAAAAUUUCUUGGUAUUUUUUUAGACAGCAACCUCAAAUGGUCCCUUCAUAUCGAUGUGUUAAGUAAGAAACUCGCCUCAGCCUGCUAUGCUAUAAGAUCUGUUUCGAAAGAACUUAAUUUAGCAUCUUCUAAACUAACAUAUUUUUCUUUGUUCGAGUCUCAUCUUCGAUAUGGUCUUCCUUUUUGGGGUUCUAGUACAGCUGCCCAAUUAGAUGUUAUUUUUAAAUUACAAAAAAGAGCAAUAAGGUAUCUCUUUGGCCUCAGAAGAACAACACAUUGCAGAAGUUACUUCAAAGAUCACGGCAUUUUAACCCUUACAUCUUUAUAUAUUUUAGAAACUGUUUGCUUAAUUCGUAAACACAUGCAUGUCUUUCCAGCAAGGCCUCGUCAUGACUACUCCACCAGAAAUUCAAAUUUUGAUGUCUAUUUACCGAUCCCGUCCUCUGAGUUAGUAAAGAAAUCUAUAUUAUAUUCCGCAAAAAAACUAUACAACCAUCUUCCUUUACAACUCAAAUCUGCAACAUCUUUCCCCAAGUUCCGUAAAAUGACAAAAGCUCAUCUAUCUAAAAGACCAUAUUAUUCAGUAGAAGAGUUUCUUAAUGACUAACUAAGAAAUUACAGUAAUGUACAAGUAACCAAACUUAUCUAUAUUUGGGUGUCACAUGCAGCAGCUUAAACUUAUUAGUUCCUAUGUCUAUAAAUAGUUUACUUUGUUGUAUAUUCACUUUGCAAUUUCUAUAAAUUGUUGCAAUAUAUUGAUUUUAUUUUUUUUUCUUUACUUUAUUAACUUAUAUUUUGUAUUUAUGUAUAUUUUUUUAUAUUGACGAUUUAUCAAAUUUCAGAAAAUUGUAUUUGUUAUUGUUAUUGUUAGAUAUUAUUUAUUUAUUUUUUCUGACUUUAAUUAAGCUUUGUCCAUAAAAUUUGUAU